GCAGGCCAUGACACCUCUCAGUCUUCUCUCUGAUACCAAGAAGGAGUACUAAGUACUAAGAAUUUGACACGUUUGAGAAAUUAGGACAAACAUAAGCUGAAGAAAUAAACAAUGACGAUGCAAGAAGUAAAUAAAACGAAGAAGAAAAGUACACAAAAGGAAAAUAUAAUUAAUAAAGAAGAAAACAAGGUGGACAAGCCUGUUGAAUUGAAAUAUGGACCUGUUGUAACUUUUCCAUAUCAAAGAGUGUGGUCUAGAUGCAUUCUGAUACUAGGAGUAUUAUUAAUAGUUUGGUAUAAUAGCAGACAGGCCAAGGAAGUAUCUUUGGCAAAGCAGAAAGAUGUGCUGGUAAGUCGUACACAGAAUGUUGACUGUUCUGUGGAUUAUAGAGACGAGUUAGAAAAAUACCCUGGCUGUGUACCAGAGAAAUGUGGCAGAGUCGUUACCGAUAAACUUGUCUCGACAACAGAGGUAGAUGUUUUACUGAAGUUAGCAAAAGCUGGAUUAGAUUUGGCUGGAUCCGAUGGCGGUGCUAGUAUUCUGGAUCUUCAUUCUGGCGCUCUCAGCAAAGGGCAAGGCUUUAUCAAUAUUUACAAACAUCCGGCAGCAAAGAAGUUAUUUAAUAAUAUGGAUUUAACAAUUUAUAGGGUAGUGAAAACGAAAAUACAACAUGCAGUGGCACACAAUUUUGGAGUAGAUGUAGAUAAAAUCUAUCUAACUAAACCUACAUUUUUUUCGCGAAUAACUAAUAAACCUGCAAAAACCAUACAUGACGAAUACUGGCAUCCACAUGUUGAUAAGGAGACAUAUGAAUCGUUUCAUUAUACAUCACUGCUGUAUUUAAAUGAUUACGAAAAAAAUUUCGAGGGUGGUCGGUUUGUAUUCAUGGACGAGAACAAUGUCAACUCAACAAUAGAACCAAGAAAAGGCAGAGUCUCGAUUUUCACCUCGGGGAGUGAAAAUUUGCAUUUAGUUGAAAAAGUAAAAUCUGGUACCCGUUAUGCUUUAACAAUCUCUUUCACGUGCGAUAAAGACGCCGCGAUAUCCGAAUCGCAUUUUACCGAUGCAUUAAAUUAAAUUGUUUAUUUUGUUAAUUUCAUUGUAUAUACUGUCCUUUU